CUGGGACAUGUAAUCUUAUGAGAGCAUAACAGUUUAUAAGUGUUGGUUAAAAUGGCGGAAAUACAAGUCCCUAUUGUAUCUCUUACGGAAUAUAUGUUUUCUUGGUUUGAUAAAUUUCCAGAUAAUGUGGCUCUGGUUGAUUUGGAAACAGGGAGAAGUGUGACGUAUAAAGAAUUAAAAUUGCUGAUUAUUAAAGCAUCGAAUGGUUUACAAUCUUUAGGAGUAAAAGAAGGAGAUGUUGUUUGUGUGUAUUCACCAAAUAAGAUUGACUAUGCUGUUGUUUUCUGGGCGCUGAUUUCCUUUGGUGCCAUUAUGCAAGCAACCAAUCCACAAUAUAUGAAAGAUGAGUUGAUAAACCAGUUUAAACAGUGUAAUACACAGUGGGUUAUAACAGUACCCAGUCUCUUAAACACGAUAAAAGCAAGUAGAAUUAAAUCUAUAAAGGAUAUUAUUGUUAUAGGCGGUGAUUCAAACAUUGAUGAUUUUAUUUCAUUGGAGAAAGUUAUCUCCCUUGGUGAAGGCAUGGGUCUGAAGAAGGCGACCUUUAACCCUAAGAAGACUGUAGCGUGUUACGUAUUUUCUAGUGGAACAACUGGUUUGCCUAAAGCUGUUAUGUUAUCGCAUUAUAAUAUAGUCGCUAAUAUGGUACAAAUGAGGGCUAUGAAUUUACAACCGGGUGAUGAUGUCCUAGAAUUUCUACCAUUUUAUCAUAUCUAUGGUUUAAUCGCCAUCUUGUGUUGUGCUACAACAUUUGGUGUUAAGCUAGUUAUCAUGUCCAAAUUUAGACCAAUACCAUACUUUGCAGCUAUUGAAAAAUAUCAGAUCAAACUCAUACAUGUUGUGCCACCGGUAAUGGUGUUAGUAGCUAAAUCACCAGAAGUUAAAAAGUAUGACCUGACGUGUGUUAGAAAGGUCAUGUGUGGAGCUGCCCCUUUAAGUAAAGACAUAGAGUUGAAGGUCAGAGAUAUAUUACAGAUUGACUUCAUAUCUCAAGCCUAUGGAUUGUCCGAGUGUUUAAAUACAAAUAUAAAUACAGAAACACAUCACAAAGAAGGGUCUGUAGGCAGAAAUUUCGCAGGCAUACAGACAAAGAUAAUUGAUACAGAUACUGGUAAAACUCUUGGUGUAAACGAAGAUGGCGAAGUUUAUAUCCGAGGACCGCAAGUUAUGAUGGGAUAUUUGAACGAACCGGAAGCAACAUCGGCCAUGAUUGGACGUGAUGGAUGGGUUAAAACGGGUGAUGUAGGUCAUCUAGACGAAGAUGGUUUUCUGUAUAUAGUUGACAGAUUUAAAGAAUUGAUUAAAUAUAAAGGUCACCAGGUGGCGCCAGCAGAAUUAGAGGCUUUACUACUAAAACACCCCGCUAUUGCUGACGUAGGUGUUAUUGGUGUACCAGAUGACGAGGCUGGAGAACUCCCGAAAGCCUUUGUGGUUCUUAAAAAUCAUUCAAAAGUAACUUCUAGUGAUAUUCAUAACUAUGUCCAAGAAAAUGCAGCAUUUCACAAGAGACUUAGAGGUGGUAUUGAGUUUCUAGAAGAAAUUCCCAAGAGUGCUAGUGGAAAGAUUUUAAGACGUGUUUUAAGGAAUAGAACAAUACGUAGCAAAUUAUGAUUUAAUAAGUUUGUUAAAUUAAAAAUUAAAAUACACAUAAUAUUAUCCUUAUUUGUCCGGGGGCUAGGUGGGUUUUGUUCAACAUCAAAGGUGCGGAAGAUUUGGGAUGCUAGUGGUGUGUGGCUGGGAUAGGAGACCCUAGAACCCCAAUUCUUAAGUUGCACUUUAACAUGGAAGGUGAUUAGUUUAAACAAUAUUUUAUUCAAUAAACUGGAAUGGAUUGAACAACAGGCAAAUGCCUAUAUAAGUUCUCUCCAAACAUAUAAAAUAGUUUAAUCUUAUGUUUACAAUAAACAGUGGUGGACACAUGUAUAGGUAGUGAGUUACAAACAUAUAUACAUUUCUUGGAGUGUAAUGUUUAGAUAUACAUGUAUAUUAUAAUUACAUUUAAGGUUAUAAAAAAAAUAUGAAAAAGAUUACAUAAUGUAGACAUAGAUUUAAUAAUUAAAGCUUCAAAACCGCUUGCUAUCUUUUAUGGAAGGUGAUAGACAGAGUUCAAGAGGAAACUUAGCAUUCCGGGCAUACUGUACCUCUUGUCACUCAUUUUGUAUCAUCAUUGGUCACAUCUUCUGUUCCUAAGUUCAUUAAACACCAUAAUGUAAUACAAUAUCAUUUGGGAUCUAAAUUUUAAUAUUGUAUUCUGAAUUCAUAUUUUAUUUGUAACUCAUUUUGGACAUAUAUUAAGUGACAGAUUAAUUGUAAGAUUUAAUCUAUAUCAGGUGUGGGGUGUUGACAUAGUAUACUCAGCCAAAUUAAAAACUUGACACUCGGGAUUUUGGGGACUAGAUUUUUAAUAUUUGGUUUAAGGCAACUAUUUUAGUGUUAUGUUGACAUCAGCAGAAAGCAAGAAUACGUGUCGCCGAAAGUCCUUUACAUUGAUAACGUUCGUGAUGUCACAGUACCCCCCAAAAUGAAAUUCACAGACUUGGAGAACAAUCGGAAUACAGUGUUUAGUAACGGUUGUGGCCUCCUCUAGCGUCUCGUACUGCCACACAACGUCUUCUCAUGUAUCUCAGAACAUUAGUAAACACUACCCGAGGAAGACGUCGCCACUGCUCAGCAAGAGCAUGUUGAAGGUCCUGCAACGUCAGUGGUGGAUUCACUUGCUGACGAACACGUCGACCCAGUUCGCCUGCGGUACACUCGGACCCUGCCAUCGGCAAAUCUCAAAGUGAAUCGUGAUUCGUCACUAAAGACAUCCGAAUUCCACUGUCUUUGAGUAAAUCUUAUGUGUCUUGUGGCCCACACAAGUCGGUUACGGCGAUGAAGAGGUGUCAAUAUUGGUCCAUUAUAGGGCCUCCGAGCUCGAAGACCAACAGCCUGCAAGCGAUUUCGAACAGUUUGUGCAGUUACCCUUCCACCAAACAUCUCUCUACUUGUGGAGGUUGCAGUGACAAAUCUGUUUCUAAGAUGACGUAAUCAUAUUGCUUGAUCUUCCUGGAGUGACGUCACACAUGUCGCUCCCGCCCUUGGGCGGUCGGCAAUAGUUCCAGUUUGAAGCACUCUCAUUCUAAGAUUUAUUAUUGUCUGGCGUGAACAAUUCAAGGCUCUUGCAACAGUAACCACAGACUGACAAGCAUAGACGUUCUACAUUUGAAAGGCGCGGCAUUUUCUAACAAAGAUGAAAAUAACAAUUUUUAUUUGUUUUUCCAGUUCAAGUUACGUGUGCGUGUUCAGUUUAAGCAAACUUGCAUCGAUUGAAAUUCCUAUAAGGCGGAAUUUGUUUCACCUCAGCGAGGGUCUUGCUCGGAAUUAAGAGCGAAUGUGAUGUAUUGUUUUGUGUUUUGUUUAAAAGAAAAUAUAGAGAUAAAACCACUGUUAAUUUUGAUAGGUUCUUUCCAAAAUAUCUAAUUUAAAAUUCUCAUGUAAAUAUUUUAAAAUAGAUCAUUAUCUAUCAAGUCUGUUCCACUUACUAAUUUGAUUAAAAGUUAAUUGAGUUCACUCCAUGAUAUAAUAAGCAGAUGAUAAAACUUGGGCACGAAUGGCAGUUAAAAUAUUUCUCAUGACACGACAUGUCAUUAAGCACCGUUGGCCAGGCGGUAUGGAAAGGAAAAAGACUAACCGACAAGAAUAAUAGCGGCCAAUAAAUAAACAAAGAAGGUGACGAUACCGAGUAUAGAGUGUUGAAGAAGAUGGUGACGGCUAAAAGCCACAAGCCGCAGUGAGCUUGAGAAUGGAGAAAUUAUCCAUUCACCAUACCUCGACAAAGCAGAGCAUACGAAAUAUAUGCUGACAUGAUGAAGAAUAUAUGCAUACAUGGUGAUGCAUACAUGGUGGAAAAUAUAAUUAUGCCGACAUAAAGAAGAAUAUGCAUCCAUGGUGAUGCAUACAUGGUGGAAAAUAUAAUUAUGCUGACAUAAAGGAGAAUAGGUGCAUACAUGGUGAUGCAUACAUGGUAGAAAAUAUAUGUUUAAAUGGUGGAUUCCCUAAUUUGGAUCGCGUGUGAAUGUGAUUAUGUUCGUGUAUUUCAUUUAUCAUUUAUAUGACAUUCAUUUGUGUGACGAUUUUUCCGCGUACUGUGUUCCCACGUCGAUGUGCCUUUAUUCAUAGAAUAUACUGAUCUAGGACUUACACAUACUGUGACCAGUGACUCUUAUACAUUUGUGAAUUUUUUAGUUUCGAUGUUGUGCUUCUUGUAUAUAACUUUUGCGACACUAUAUUUACCACGGCGUUACUCCGUAGACUACUGAACAUUUUUUUACCAUUGACAAUAUCUGCUUUUGGAUACUUCAAUUAUUGUAUUGUGCUUUAAUCUUUUAUUGUUUUAAAAUCGUUUCAUAUAUUAUUUUAUAUAUUCCACUAUUUUAAAAUUGUGGUUCAGGGAGGAAUGUAAUACAAUAUCAUUUGGGAUCUAAAUUUUAAUAUUGUAUUCUGAAUUCAUAUUUUAUUUGUAACUCAUUUUGGACAUAUAUUAAGUGACAGAUUAAUUGUAAGAUUUAAUCUAUAUCAGGUGUGGGGUGUUGACAUAGUAUUAUGUAAGAUGUAAUGGGUUUGUCAAACAUGUAUACUCGGAGUGUCUAUAUGAUAUAAGAUUUAGGCUUAUCACGUAUUGACACCUUUUGUCUUGAGCUAAGAUGUGUGAAUCUUAAUAAUUACUUUUCAUUGUUCUGAUUACUAAUGGUAUUAACUGUGGCGUGCCUUAACCGAUAUAAAAAGCCUAGUUUACAAGCAGGUCGAAAAAGUACAGAGGAGGGACAAGAGAGGCCCGUAGAGGCUGAGAGGCCUCCCGGACCUCGGGAGAGGGUCUGCCCUCGACACCGGGCAGAGUGGUCCUGUGAGGCCGAGGAGAAGCAGCUAUAGCUAGACGAUACGUUAACGUACCCAACCAAAUGAUGUUCAUAUGUACCUGUAAAUA